UAAAAAGAGGAAUCUUGAAAGCGUUCAUUAAAUAUUUGAAAUCCAUUACAUUUAACGGAAACUGCUACUUUCACUUCUUUCGGAUUGGCUUUCAUGACAUCAAAUUACGUGCCAUUGCAGAGUGAUUUCUAAGGAAGACUUCCUUUUGUCAUUUUUAGAAACAGUUUUGUGAUAUCUGUAUGUUGAUGUGUAUGGAACACAUUACCCAUGAAGUUUUCUCUGUGCAUUUGAUGAAGUCCUAAAGAUAUGACUGUCUGGCACAUCAACAUUAUUUUCUUUCUUACACUUGUUGAUCUAGGUGCCCUGUUGGGAGUUAUAAAAGAAGAACAAAUAGGAGUUGGUUUUUGUCACAACGAUACUAAAAGGAUACAAGUUAACAUAGAUUGUAAUUUCACAUGUAUCAGGGUGACUGUGAAUGGUAACUCGAAUGAAAUUGAAAACUGUCAUAAUUAUCAUAAUGGAAAUGUUAGUUGUGUAGAGUCGGGAAUGUAUAAUGAAACCUGUGGAUUUGUUGAAUAUUCUUUCACAUUUAACCAUACAAGACACGCUGGAGAGAUAAUGUGGAUAAAUUAUACAUGUAUCAACAGAUCAGAUCAGAGCAAAAACAUCACACUAUAUCCUUGUCUUUCAAGUUUUAGAGCAAAUGCCACGCACAAUACCACACAUGCAUUCAUUGUGUGCAAAAACAUUUUCUUCAACAUGUCCAAGGAGAUAAGUAUUUUAAAUGCAGCAAGUUUGGACCCGAUCGAAACAUGCAGGUGGAACUUGAAUACAUCAUCAACUCAAUGCCAUGUUCAAAAUCACGCAAAUACCGUCACCAGUCUAAGCGUCACUAGCAAACAAAUCGAGGAGCUUCCGGGAGCUUCGCCCCCUGGACCCCCAACAGGGCUUCGCCCUGGAGCCACUGGGGGCCUCAAGGCGGCCCCCAAACCCCCUGCCCACUUCUUGCGCCCCCCCUCCAACUUCAAAUCCUGGAUCCGCGCCUGCUAG